AUGUUCUGCUGCGGAGGUACGGAGGAGGAACACACUGGACCGCCUGCGAACCAAUAUGCCCCGCCUAGAGGAGGCAACACCUACGGUGGCGGAGGGAGUGGGAGAGGAGAGCCAAGGAGUUCCAAUAUGGUAAAGAGUGGGGCUCCACAGAAAGUCUUACCCAUUGAAACACCAGCCAUAUCAUUGGACGAAUUGAAUAGGUGUACAGGCAAUUUCGGCUCCAAAGCUUUGAUUGGAGAAGGCUCUUAUGGAAGGGUUUUCUAUGCAAAGUUGAGUAAUGGCCAGGCUGCGGCAAUAAAGAAGUUGGAUACCAGUACAUCACAAGAUCCAGAUUCUGAAUUUGCAGCUCAGUUAUCUCAAGUGUCAAGACUUAAGCAUGAGCAUUUUGUGGAGUUGAUUGGGUAUUGCUUGGAGGCUAACAAACGGAUUUUGGUGUAUCAGUUUGCCACUUUGGGUUCUGUACAUGACAUAUUACAUGGAAGGAAAGGGGUACAAGGGGCUGAACCCGGUCCGGUUCUAAGUUGGAACCAGAGAGUUAAAAUAGCCUGUGGUGCAGCCAAAGGCCUCGAGUUCCUGCAUGAAAAAGUUCAGCCUCCUAUUGUUCACCGUGAUGUCAGGUCCAGCAAUGUCCUACUCUUUGAUGAUUAUUCUUCCAAGAUAGCGGAUUUCAGCCUGACCAAUCAGUCGUCCGAUACUGCGGCACGGUUGCAUUCCACUAGAGUCUUGGGGACAUUUGGUUACCAUGCCCCUGAGUAA